AGGGACACUGGACAUUUUAAAUGACACUCCUGUUGACCAGUAAUGUGACCCUGUGAUUAAUCUAACUCUAACCCAUCUGCCAUAUUUGGUAGCUCACGAAAACAAGAACAAAUAGUGGAAAACAUGUUAAUCCUUGAUUCUGCAUUUGUUUUUUAAAGGGUUUCAUACUAUUUGAAUAUUGUUUAUCAAGGCUCUUUCAAAAAGAGUCCCAGGCUCUCCUCUGAUGUUCUGUCUGGCAAUUAGCUGCCAAACUGCUGUGUUGGGUGAAACUGAGACAGCCUCUGAGCAGCUUAGUGACUGAUGGAAAAAUUUGGAAAAGCAUCAAACAGUCUGAAACUGCUUUUGUUACACAACAACAAUGAGGGAGGAAGGAGGAGAUACUCUGAAAGAUAGCCAAGGAACAGUGAAUCUAGGGUUUUUCAUAUCUUUCACUAUAGCAACCCCUUUUUCCUUUGAAGGGUAUGUGCAAAAUUAAGCCAAGACUGAACAAAAUAUUUUUAUGGCCUGGACUGUCAAAAUUUGCAAUACCUAUGAAAUGCAAAUCACAGCAGGAGGUCAGAUUUGGCAUCUGAGGAGGGCUUGAACUGUGUGUCCUGUACCUGCCUCUUGCCACCCAUUGUGAACGCUGAAAUGUACAGAUUUUCUUUCAACUGAUAUGUGUGCAAAUCAUAAUUUACUGUUCAGGCAGGAAAGAAUGGCCCUGUUGUCAAUGUACUUCUAAGAACCACCACCUCUGGUGUUUUCCACUCGGUAUAUUGUUUGUCAUCUGAUUGUUACAAACACGAGGGAGAACCUUGCUGUCUAAAUGCCUGAGUCCCUGCACUUUUAACUAUAGCUUUUAAAAUACCACUGAUUUCAUUUCAGAUCUAAUUUUUCCAAGCAUCCCAUGCAAAUCUGGUAUUAUUUAGAUUAUUUGCAGUGUUUGAAUUCACAGAUGCUGACUCAUGAAGCUGUUACAGAAAAUUCGUCAGUACAUUGCACGAAACAACCCCACGCUACACUGGGCUUUUCCCACUGCAGUCUUACUCUGCCUCUCUUUGAGACAUUGCCUUUCCCUUCAAAAGCUGGUAGCACACAUUUGUACAGUCCUCUUGUGUCAGGGGCAUUAUUCAUCCUCUCUUCUGCUAAUGCCAGAGUUCAUCCCUUGUCUUGGUGAAUGCCCAGGCUGUAUAUAUUUAGAUCACUGCUCCUACAAACAUUGCCACAGCUUUGCUCUUGCUUCAUUUCCAAUUUCAUGUUGUGACCCAGCUUGUAGCACUCUAUGGAAAAAUAAGCCUUCCUAUCUCUCUCCCUCUCUGCUAAAUGUUGUCAUGCAACAUAGCACGAUCUUGUGUUCAACCACUUUAAUUUUGUUAUCAAAUGACUAAUGCUACAUUAUUCCACGAGACAAGUAGACACGCAAGCUCCCAUACUGAAAUGGAGCUACUGUAAUCUGUAAGAGCAGAGAUACAGUUGCUUCAGUAUGGAAUAUUACUCUAGCAAAAGGGGUCUCUGCUAUGGGGAGGGAUGAACUUAAUGACACAUUUUCUUUUAUUAGGGAAGAAAACACCCAAGCAGCUAGGACUCCAGUCCUCUGAGAUCACUAGACUGAAUGUAUCAAAUGCAAUCUUAAAGAUUCCUGUCUUCAAUCCUCUGUUUUCUAGCCAUACAGUUCCUUCUGUAAGUAGAAUGGCCCAUGUCUUCGUGUAUGGUACCCUUAAAAAAGGCCAGCCUAACUACCAGCACAUGAUCAACAGUACCCAUGGGACAGCAAAAUUCCAAGGCAGGGGCCAUACUGUGGAGAAAUACCCUUUGGUGAUUGCAGGAAAAUAUAACAUUCCUUAUUUGCUGAACAUGCCAGGAACAGGCCACCAUGUUGCUGGAGAGAUUUAUACUGUUGAUGACCAGAUGCUGCAAUUCCUUGAUGAAUUUGAAGGCUGCCCAGACAUGUAUCAGCGUACUCCAGUGAGAAUUGCAGUAGUAGAGUGGAAAGGUAAAAGCAGUGCACCUGAAGAGAGACCAGCUGUUAACAGCAUUAUGGAAUGCUUUGUGUAUAGCACAACUACCUUCCAGCCAGAGUGGGUAAAUCUCCCAUACUAUGACAAUUAUGAUUCCCUUGGGAAACAUGGCCUUUGUUAUGUGCUCCGUGAAAGCAGAGAUUAAAAAUGGAAGAUAACGACGUACCUGAAGAAGAUGCAUUAAGCCUAUGUUGAUCAGAAGCCUCUAAAGUAAAGCUAUAAUACCAUGGAUUGAAACAUAAGACAUCUGUAAACUUUCAACCACAAACUUUAUUGAUUCUAAGGUUAGGAUAAGGCCAGAAACUGACACCUAGCCUUACUAAAUUCUAUUUGCCCUCUCACCCAAGGAAAAUAAUUGGAGGUUUUCAAGUGGUGAAGGAUAUACCUUUGGUUUCUGCACAGUAUAAUCAUCAAAAUAAAAGGGCAGAUAAAUGAACUUAUUUUUUACCAGAUUUGGUGCAUUUUCAUGACAGUUUUGCAAGCCUGGGAAAACAAGAUGAUGAAAUACAGCUAAAAGAAGUGCCCUGCGAAAAUGACUCAGCUUUAAAUAUUGGCUUUUGUAUUGGUAUUUAUUUUACUGCACAGAACAGCAAAUGUGUACUGAAUCUAUGUUAAGUGCUGCAUGAAAGAAUUUAGACUGAUACAGGAAUCAUGGUAAAGAGAAUUAAGAGCAUUCUGAGACUAGAAAAGAAUGCCUGUUGCUCUGCAUUGUAAAAUAAACUAUUCUGGAUUUUCUCUGUUAAACAUAACUGGUUAACUUGAUAAUAAGUAUUGUUGUGAGAUCGUUUAAGUCUAAGACAUCAUUGAAUGAAAUCUCAGGAAUAUCAAAGAGUUAAAUUUAAACUCAUGUUUUUAUUUGGUCCCAGUAGACCAGACUAGCACUUUUGGUGCCAUUACGGUCCACUGGGUAAAUCUGUGUUUAGGGACUCUUAAAACACUGGUUUUAACUGCCCAACACACUAUAACACAUAUAAGAGUUCGUAACAGCGCUUAUGUAUCAGUGAGACGUUAGCUAAAAGUCUUGAAGAAACCUUUCUUGCAAAAAUUGCAUGUGUGCGCAAACUAAGCUGUCUUAUUUAAGGGGAAAACAUUUUUUCAGUCAUAUAAUUUAAACCCCCCCAAGGAUGUGGUGAGUUAGGUGUUUAAAUCUGGGGCAACAUUAGUUUAAGGCAGAGAUUUAAUCCUUUUUUCCCCUUCCCCCUUUUUGCACAAUUUGGACUUAAUGCUACCUGCUCUGUCCUGUAUGUUCUUUGGGUAUAACAUUAAUAAACCAAAUGUUACAUUUAAUAUCCAAACUUGUGACAUUAGGGAAGUUAAAUGUAUAAUAUUUUUCAUGUGGAAAGAAUGUAAUUACAUUUUUAAUGAGGCUUCUUGCAGUGGGCAAUACCAUGUCAGGACUACGUCCUCCCCUUGUUCCACAGCACAUAUCCAACUGAUGACAAUGGGAGAUUUGCAAACUGAUGUAGGACAUAAUACGUUCUUAUUAAAUUCUUAAACUUUUAAUUAGUAAAGUUACUAUUGCAGGAUCAUUCAAGAGGAAAUGAUACAGGGCACUUGAAAUUCCCUGGUAAAAUAUAAUCAGUCUUUUUUCAGACUGCCUAACACAAGAGUACACUGAGUCGCAUGUAGAUUUUCUUCAGUAGUAUCAGGCUAAAAUAUGUGUUGUUUUUUUUUUUAAUGAAGGGCAAUCUGUAGACUCUGACCUAGGUCCACUUACACAUUAAGCAGACUGAGAGAUUGCCACAGCCUGCUCCAAAACUAGGACAGUGGAAUGGAAACACUAUUGAAUAUUGAAUUAAAAUAUAUUGAUUCCUGACAGGGUAAAGUGGUGAGAUACAGAACAGGAAGUUAAGCAUGCUUGAGUCCUAACCUGACUAAUUCCUUUCUGCGCUUUGGGCAAAUCAGCAAGCCUUUCAUUGUGCUACUCUUCUCUGCGGGCAGGGAGAUGGGUAAAGCUGGUGGAAUGGUGCUUUUAAUUUCUCUCCCUCUGCAUACAUUAAGGACAUUUGCACCAUUGUAAAGGCAGUCAGUACACUAGUCUGAGUGUCCUUAAUGGACACAGACUUUCAGCCUCAGUUUCCCCAUUUGUGAAACAGGGAUAAUAAUUAUCUAUUAAGCACACAGCUGCAAGGUAAUGUUAUUCUGCAGGCAUUAGUUAAUUAUCAGCAAUAGAAGCAGCUCAAGAAGCAUUAUAUUACCCUCUACCAAAUUAAGUAGAAAUUGCCUUCUAGCAAAGGCUCACACUUUCACACUUGAGUGUAUAGACAUCUUAAAUCAAACAUCUCAAGCAAAAGGAGUCUUUGGGUAAAAUUUGAAUUUGAAAAUAAAAGUCACUGAGAUUUGCCUAAGUCAUAUGGAUGCUUUUGGAAGUGUUACCUUUUAUCCCUAAUAUAUAAGAUGCUGAGCGUACCCCCAUAAGUAGAUGAGAUCCUUCUAGUAAUGGUGAACUACCACAGAUUCAUAUGUUCCCCACCCCCACCUAGCCCUCUCCGGUCAGCUUACUUUUGGGUAGUUGCAAAAUUCACAAACCAGGAGUAAAUAAACUUCUCUCUUAAGCUGCUUCUUUUUUUAAACUGAAGAUGGUUUGCACAAAAUACACUGAAUCCAGCUUCACCACCAGCUGGUCUGGUGCUCUGAGGUAGUGGGAGGAAACUAGAAAAAUACAGAAAUCCAUGCUCACCAAUUAGGAAAGGUCUUGCAUUUUGUUCUUCAUUGCAGAUGUUCUUGUUUGGUCAAUGAGAUGGGUAUCAAUAGAAUAUCUUAUAGCAGGAAGGACUAUCGCUCUAUAUUCCCUCCAUGUGCACUCCUUUCCAGGUCGUAUCUGACUUCUCUUAUUGUAUUUUUAGUUUCCUACCACUAUAAGGCAACUGUAGAUGGUGCUAAAUCACUAAUUGUCCCAGUUCUUUUUGUGGAGGUACUGCAUAGUAGCAAUUGAUAGUCUACUAAAUGUAGUAGGCUGGAGUUAAAUCUUCCUCUCCCAUGAGUGCUUGGAAGCCUAUACACUUACAGGGAGGAAGAACCUGCCUCAAGCGUCAUCUUGGGAUGGUUCAAGAGCUGGGCCAACUAUUUCCAGAAGAGCCUGCAUCAAGUGAAGAGUGGAAAGGAAAAUGAGAGAAGGACUUUGGAAAGGAAUACAAUUCCUGGAGGUCUGCGCAUCAGAUUGUGGAAAAAGUCUGCCACCAGCAAAAGAAAACGUUGUAGGUGUUCUAAGUAUAUUCUGUGCAGUAACUUCAAAGUGCUAAUGAAUAUAAUAAAUCUGAAUAGAAAUAAAGUCCUUUGCAAUAACUGUUUAAUGUCUAUAACACUCAGUAACAGCAAAAUUGCUCAGUUUGUUCUUUGGGGAUUUUUUUACUUUUACUCAUUACUUCAUGAAAGUGGGUUCAUGCCCAUAUGAACUAACAUGGCUGAAGUUAUUUACUUAAACACUCAAAGAGGCUUUAGCAUUUUAAAGAAGAAAUACUGAUUUUUUUUAAUUGAAAUUUAUUGGAUAUUGAAAAUCAGAGACCGUUACAAAUCUUAUGUACAAGUACCUAUGUAUAGAAGUAAAAAUCUGAGAUCUGUUGUCAGUUUUGGUAGCUGCAUGGGUCAUCUUACAUUUAUGCAAUAAAUACAAC